AUGAAUAUCGAUAAUCAAAACUACUCAAACCACUUCACAACAACAACAGCGACAACGACCGACUCAAUCAACUCACCAGCCUCACCAAGCCCAUCGAUCACCUCACUCUCAUCCUCAUCCUUCCAAACCUCACCAGUCCAUCACUCCAACCUGGCGCUCAUCCACCCAUCAACAAACUCACUAGCCUCACUCUCCAUCUCCUCACCACCUUCGAUCCAACCACUCAUCAACCCAAUCUCAACAACAGCAACAACAGCCAACAGCAACAGCAGCAACAGCAACAACAACAACUCAUCCCCAAUCUCACCACUUACUCAACUACCCACUAGCGCGGACAUCUCCAGAAUAGAUCCAUCCCACCUCCACUCUCACUAG